UUGCGCCGCCCCCUCCCAGUUGGUUUCCGCGCGCGCGAAAAAGCCGGGGUCUCGUUCAGAGCUGUCCUGUCGGCUGCGACCUGCGAGAUGCCAGCACGAACAGCCCCGGCCCGAGUGCCCGCGCUCGCCUCCCCUGCAGGCUCGCUGCCCGACCAUGUCCGCAGGCGGCUCAAAGACUUGGAAAGAGAUGGUUUAACAGAAAAGGAGUGUGUGAAAGAGAAAUUGAACCUGUUGCAUGAAUUCCUGCAAACAGAAAUCAAGAGCCAGUUAUAUGACUUGGAAACCAAAUUACAUAAAGAAGAAUUGUCUGAGGAGGGCUACCUGGCUAAAGUGAAAUCCCUUUUAAAUAAAGAUUUGUCCUUGGAGAACGGAACUCACUCUCUCACUCGGAAAGCCAACGAUUGUCCAGCCAACGGGAGCCGGCCAAGCCGGAAAGCAGAAAUGGCAGAUUCAAAACAAUCCUCCAAGCCCAAGCCUCGGACACCCAGGAGAAGCAAGUGGGACAGUGAGGCCAGUUCUGAAGCUUCAUCCAGCUCCAUGGCUGUGAGAAGAAUCACUAGGCAGACCACUAUCACAUCUCACUUCAUGAAGGGCACCACUAAACCGAAACCCAAGGACGAAUCCGAGAAGAGAAUCCUAGAGGAGUCAGUUGCAGAGGAGAGAGACCAGGAUAAGAGACGCAGAGUUACAAGCACAGAGCGUGGUGCUGGAGUUUCUGUAGUGGAACCGGAAAGUGUAACACCAGGAACCCCCACGAGUCGGGAAAAGCAAGGUGACCAGGAACCUGACAGGAGACUCCGGCGUCAAACCAGAGAACUAUCAUCAAGGCGGAGAUCAAGGGAGGAGCCGGACAGAGAAGCAAGACCAGGAACUCAUGAGGAAAUGGACGAUGAUGAAGAUGAAAAGGAUAAAAGAAGGCCCAGGCCCAGAAGUCAACCCAGAGAUCUAGCCACCAAACGAAGACCCGAGGAAGCAGAAUCAGAGCAGAUAGCUUCAGAGUCUGAGGAAGGAGAUGAAGAGGAAAGGGAAGAAAAGAGACGAAAAAUGACGCUCAAAGAACCAGUGGAGAAAAAGGCGGCUCGAACCAAAUCGGCCGUGAUCCCAAAGACGGAUUCACCACGGUGCCCCCAGUGCGGCCAGUUCCUAGAUGACCCUGAUCUGAAGUACCAGCAACACCUUCCAGAUGCUGUGGACGAACUCCAAAUGUUGGUCAGUGAGAAACUGUCCAUCUAUGAAUCCAACUCGUCUGGAUUUGAAAGCUACGAGUCAUCUCCCCAGCACAGGGUGACCUGCUUCAGUGUAUAUUGCAAUAGAGGUCAUCUGUGUCCUGUUGACACUGGUCUUAUUGAGAAGAACAUUGAACUCUACUUUGCUGGUUGUGCCAAAGCAAUUUAUGAUGAAAAUCCAUCUGUGGAAGGUACGUGUACUGGUAAAGGUAUGUGCAAUGUUCAAGGGUUGUUAAAGAAGCGAACAAAACAUGGGAGGCAAGAUAGGGGAGGCAAGAUAGAACCCAUGGGAAGUACUGCUUUGAGAGGAGAGCUCAAAGUCCUGCCAUUAACUGAGCAAAGUGAAGAGGCUGCAUGCUGGCUGAGGUUUUCUAGCUGGAGAGAGAGCUGUGAAGUCACCAUGUCUAGUCUCUUAGCGGGACUUUUUUCCACAGGUGGUGUUAAUUGCAAAAACCUGGGGCCGAUCAAUGAGUGGUGGAUCACUGGCUUUGAUGGCGGAGAAAAGGCUCUCAUUGGCUUCAGCACCCCAUUUGCGGAAUACAUUCUGAUGGAACCCAGCCCAGACUAUGCGCCAAUAUUUGGGUUGAUGCAGGAGAAAAUUUACAUCAGUAAGAUUGUGGUUGAGUUCCUGCAAAGCAAUCCUCACGCCGUCUAUGAAGACUUAAUAAAUAAGAUCGAGACCACUGUCCCUCCUUCUGCCAUUAACCUGAACCGGUUCACAGAAGACUCCCUGCUGCGCCAUGCCCAGUUUGUAGUGAACCAGGUAGAGAGUUACGAUGAUGCCAAGGAUAGUGACGAGACACCCAUCUUCUUGACUCCCUGCAUGAGAGCCCUGAUCAAGCUGGCUGGGGUCACUCUGGGACAGAGGCGAGCGGAGAGACGCUAUAACCUCAAAGAUUCUACUAAGGAGAAGGACAAAGGGCCCACAAAAGCCACCACCACCAAGUUGGUCUACCAGAUCUUUGACACGUUCUUCUCAGAGCAGAUCGAGAAGGACGACAAGGAAGACAAGGAGAACGCCUGCAAGCGCCGGCGCUGUGGCGUCUGCGAGGUCUGUCAGCAGCCUGAGUGUGGGAAGUGCAAAGCCUGCAAGGAUAUGGUUAAGUUUGGUGGCACUGGGCGGAGUAAACAGGCUUGCCUCAAGAGGAGGUGUCCAAACUUGGCUGUGAAGGAGGCAGAUGACGAUGAGGAAGUUGAUGAUGACAUCCCAGAGGUGCCGUCACCCAAAAAGAUGCAUCAAGGGAAGAAAAAGAAACAGAACAAGGAUCGCAUCUCCUGGCUCGGACAGCCCUUGAAGGUUGAAGAGAAGAGAACUUACUAUCAGAAGGUGUGCAUCGAUGAAGAGACACUGGAGGUGGGGGACUGCGUCUCUGUCAUUCCAGAUGAUUCCUCCAAGCCGCUAUAUCUAGCCAGGGUCACGGCACUGUGGGAAGACAAGAACGGGCAGAUGUUCCAUGCGCACUGGUUCUGUGCUGGGACAGACACAGUCCUUGGAGCCACCUCCGACCCGCUGGAGCUGUUCCUGGUGGGCGAGUGUGAGAAUAUGCAGCUCUCCUACAUCCACAGCAAGGUCAAGGUCGUCUACAGAGCGCCCUCUGAGAACUGGGCCCUGGAGGGCGGCCUGGAUCCUGAGACCAUGCUGCCAAGGGCUGAGGAUGAUGGGAAGACCUAUUUCUACCAGCUGUGGUACAACCAGGACUACGCAAGGUUUGAAUCCCCUCCCACGACCCAGCCGACAGAGGACAACAAGCACAAGUUCUGCCUAUCCUGUAUCCGGCUGGGUGAGCUGAGACAGAAAGAAAUGCCCAAGGUCCUGGAGCAGCUUGAUGAGGUGGAUGGCCGGCUCUACUGCAGCUGUAUCACCAAGAAUGGUGUUGUCUACCGACUAGGCGACAGUGUAUACCUGCCUCCUGAGGCCUUUACCUUCAACAUAAAGCUAGCCAGCCCCUUAAAGCGUUCAAAGAAGGAGCCUGUGGAUGAGAGCCUGUACCCUGAGCAUUACCGCAAGUAUUCUGACUAUAUCAAAGGCAGCAACCUGGAUGCUCCUGAGCCCUACCGCAUCGGCCGGAUCAAAGCAAUCCACUGUGGCAAGAAGAACGGCAAGGCCAACGAAGCAGACAUCAAGAUCAGGCUCAACAAGUUCUACAGGCCUGAGAACACCCACAAAUCCACCUCAGCAACCUACCAUUCAGAAAUCAACCUGCUGUACUGGAGUGACGAGGAAGCUGUGGUGGACUUCAGUGAUGUGCAAGGCCGCUGUACUGUGGAGUAUGGGGAAGACCUGCUUGAAAGCAUCCAGGAUUACUCACAGGGGGGCCCUGACCGCUUCUACUUCCUUGAGGCCUACAAUGCAAAGAGCAAAAGCUUCGAAGACCCUCCAAACCACGCCCGCAACCCUGGGAAUAAAGGGAAAGGGAAGGGAAAAGGGAAAGGGAAGGCAAAGAGUCAGGUGUCGGAGCCCAGAGAGCCCGAGACAGCCAUCAAGUUGCCCAAGCUCCGAACUCUGGAUGUGUUUUCUGGCUGUGGAGGGUUGUCAGAAGGAUUCCACCAAGCAGGCAUCUCUGAGACGCUGUGGGCCAUUGAGAUGUGGGACCCAGCAGCCCAGGCAUUCCGGCUGAACAACCCCGGCACCACGGUGUUCACAGAGGACUGCAAUGUGCUGCUUAAGUUGGUCAUGUCUGGCCAGGUGACCAACUCCCUGGGCCAGAGGCUGCCGCAGAAGGGCGAUGUGGAGAUGCUCUGUGGUGGACCACCGUGCCAAGGUUUCAGCGGCAUGAACCGUUUCAACUCCCGUACUUACUCCAAGUUCAAAAACUCCCUGGUAGUCUCCUUCCUCAGCUACUGCGACUACUACCGGCCACGGUUCUUCCUGCUGGAGAACGUCAGGAACUUUGUGUCCUUCAAGCGCUCCAUGGUGCUGAAGCUCACGCUGCGCUGCCUGGUCCGCAUGGGCUACCAGUGCACCUUCGGUGUGCUGCAGGCUGGACAGUAUGGUGUGGCCCAGACGCGGAGACGGGCCAUCAUCUUGGCUGCAGCCCCAGGAGAGAAGCUGCCUCUGUUUCCAGAGCCUCUGCAUGUGUUUGCGCCCCGUGCUUGCCAGCUGAGUGUUGUGGUGGAUGACAAGAAGUUUGUUAGCAACAUCACCAGGUUGAACUCGGGCCCCUUCCGAACCAUCACGGUGCGGGAUACCAUGUCCGACCUCCCUGAGAUCCAGAAUGGAGCCUCGGCACCUGAGAUUUCCUACAAUGGAGAGCCACAGUCCUGGUUCCAGAGGCAGCUGCGGGGCUCACACUACCAGCCCAUCCUCAGGGAUCAUAUCUGCAAGGACAUGAGCCCAUUGGUGGCUGCCCGCAUGCGGAACAUUCCACUGUUCCCAGGGUCGGAUUGGCGUGACCUGCCCAAUAUAGAAGUGCUGCUGACAGACGGCACUACCACCAAGAAGCUGCGCUACACCUUCCACGACAAGAAGAAUGGCCGCAGCAGCACUGGUGCAAUGCGUGGGGUCUGUUCCUGUGCAGAAGCUGGCAAGUCCUGCGACCCCACGGCCAGGCAGUUCAACACCCUCAUCCCCUGGUGCCUGCCGCACACUGGGAACCGGCACAACCACUGGGCCGGCCUCUAUGGGCGCCUGGAGUGGGAUGGCUUCUUCAGCACCACUGUCACCAACCCUGAGCCCAUGGGCAAGCAGGGCCGUGUGCUCCACCCAGAGCAGCACCGGGUGGUGAGCGUGCGGGAGUGUGCCCGCUCCCAGGGCUUUCCGGACACCUACCGGUUCUUCGGCAACAUCCUGGACAGACACCGGCAGGUGGGUAACGCCGUGCCACCACCACUGGCCAAAGCCAUUGGCCUUGAGAUUAAGCUCUGUAUGCUGGCCAGAGCUCAGGAGAUGGCCUCAGCUGCAGUUAAGAAGGAGGAGACUCCCACGAUGGAAUAGUCCUGCUCUCGCCCAGAGCCCCGUAUGCACUGAUGUUUUUACCUGUCGAGCCCCAGCAUUUGAAAUGUCGUGCACAGCGUCUGUGGCCAUGGCGACACUAAGCUGUUUGUGAGGUUGCUUUGUGACCAAGCCGUGCAGUACUUUGUGCAUUCUGGAUUUUAAAGUUUUUUGGUUUUUAAUUCUGUAUUCUAUCAGAUCUGCCAAUGCAGGUGGCAAACAAGACUUGAUGUAGUUUUUAUAUGUUGUAAUAUUUCUUCAAAUAAAGCGCUUCUAUAAAGCA